UUCUUACUGCAUCUACCAUUCAAGUGGAAUAGAAGUGGGCAACCAUUCAAAAGCAAAGUAGGAUGGAAUUAAUCUGGUUUUCUCGAGACCUUUUUUUUAGGGCUUCACUCAUAGCAACAGUUCACCUAAACCCAUUUCCAAUAAUUGCUGUAAUAGAAAAAAAAACACCUUUGUCAUGCAGAGAAAAGCAAGACAAAAACCACAUCUAAGAAAAAACAUUUGAAAACCCCCUCACCAUCACAAAACCCACUCUGCUAUUUGACUUCUGAAACAGGUUCCAAAGAGCAAGUCCACGUGUGUAGGAUAAGAUCAGGACAUCAAUACAUAAUGCUUGUUCUCCAUCAGAGAGAUUUUAAUUUAUCCUGUCAACAUGAGUUAAUUAAUAAUUAAAAAGGGCACUCUGAUCCUUAUGUGGGAGGUCUUAUAAAACGAAAAUUCAAGCAAUUUGAGAUCAGUAGAUUCCUGCUUAUUAAAAAACAUGUUCAGGGAUUUAUUCUAUUACUGUUUCAAGUACAGUUUAAGCAGCAUCUGGUGUGCAUUUAAGCAUUAUAGAAGCUGUGACUGCCCCAUCCCUGGAAGUGUCCAAGGCCAGGUUGGAGUAACCUGGGAUAGUGGAAGGUGUCCCUGCCCAUGGCAGGGGAUGGAAUGAGUUGAUCUUUGAGGUCUCUUCCAAACCAUUCUGUGAUUCCUCUUGCUGAUCUUCUGACUCUUCAUCUUCUCUUGAAUCCUCAUGUGGGAAGUCUCAUAUGGUCCUUUUCACAUUGGUUUUCUUUCUAAUCCAACGGUGCUGUCUUGAACUUCACCUUUUCAGAGCUAACAUUGGGUUUGCCCUAUGACAGGUCACUUUAAAAGUCCAAGUGGACAGACAUUUGGAAUUAGAGUCCAAAUAAAGUCAAACCAGGCCAAAAUAAACUGCAUUCUGGUCUAGCACAAGAUUAGCCCUUAAAUAAAUAGUGAGGAGCCGGAGCAGUCUGUACAGCAGAUGGCAUUACAGGUAAUAUUUAUCACACUCCAAUCUCAGGGCUGAGAUACUUGGGAGGGAGGAUUGACGUCAGCUACGAGUGAAUCAGUUUUAAAACAAGCUGGAAACCUGCUUGUGCCUUCAGCACUGGAUUACUUUGUGCAGCACUUCUGCUUCGCACUUCCAGGUGCAUUUAUUGGUCUGAGCAAGCCUAGCAGGAAGAGCUCAUUCUGUUUUUGCAGCUUAAGUGAGCUGAUGUAAAUAGAUCUUGGACUUUGAGGUGGGAAGAUUCCACCCAGCUGCAGUAACCAGGGGGAUGCCCUUUGCUCCAGUUUUUGUGCCAAAUUUGUGCAUUGGGGAAUUUUAAAGAAAUAUCACUUGGCAGGAUAUCGACUCUCAGGGUACAAGAAUAACACUGAGUAAGGCAGCAGGGCAUGGGCUGGGAGGGAUUUACAGGGAGAGCUAUCCAGACUGACACUGGGCAGUGGAGAAAACCAGUUCUGAAGUAUUUUAUUAAAAACAGUUGGGUUUUUAUCUCACAGGAUCCCAGAGAAGAUCCUCUGAAUGAAAAACCAGGAGCAGUUUUUCAUCUGGGCACAACGUCCUUGUGCAGGAGUGACAGAGUUCAUCAAAGGCACGAAGCACCGGCGGCCAGCGAGUCCCCGCGAGUUAUUCGGAGCACGCGAGACACGCGGGGCGUGGAGGGCAAAGUAUGUGGGUUAGGCGCAGCCGCGCUGUGCCGGUGUGCGAACGUUAAUUGCGUUAAUUGCGUUAAUUGCGGGCGAGAGGCGGCGGGGCCCGGCGGGGGCGGGGGCGCGGGCCCCGCUCGGCGCCGCGGGGGCUGCCGGGAGCCGCCCGCUGUUAUUGUCCCGCAACAUGCAAAUGAGCGCGGGGCGGGGAGCCAAUGGGGGCCGGCCGCGCGCCGCCGCCGCGCACGCGCGCCGGGGGGCGGGGAGGAGGCGGGGCCGACCUCGCGCCCCGCCCAGCGCCGGGGCCCUCACCUCGCCUCAGCACGCGCGGCGAAGAUGGCGGCGGCGGCGGGCGGCGGGGCGCGGGGGCGGCGCGGGCGGCUCUGA